AUGUUUUGGAAGAAGGACUCCCAAAUGAAAUCAUUUGUUUUGAUGUACACGAGACUACAUCUGCUUAGAGGGACUAGAAGCCCAAUCAAGAGUUACAUCGUGGGUGGUUGCCAGACAUUCAUUUCUAUGAAAAAUGUAGGGCUCGGAUCAGAGACCACUAGGAGACACGGUUCCAACUUACCGAAGAAGAACUAUUCUAAACGUUCUUUUCAAAACCCCAGCCUUAAUAUCGCCGAGGACACUGAUUGGGGCAGCAACCUCGCCGAGACCAAACUCUUCCGUAGAUGCGGUUGGAACAGCAUGCUUUUAACCAUUAUCUUUGAGUCGAUGGUCUCUCCAGUUCAGUACACGCGUGCCGUACCGAAAACGGCCUGGUUGAAGUCAUGCUUGUUUCCGAAGAACGCAUCGGAGGGACUAGCGGCUGAGGUGGCCGCUAUUGGAACAAUGGCUGGCAAUAGUAUUGGAAGCUCAAACCUAUGCAACCAAUAUCUCCAAAGGCACUUACAAGGUGAAAUAUGGAGCAUUGAGUUCUGGGGUGUAGUACGUUUAACACAUUUCACAAUGGCACAUUCAAGUGAGCCGUAUAUUCGCAGAGAUACGCCGGCCCUUAUGGCUACUAGGGUUACAGAUUUCGACUGUAAUGGGCCAGGUGAGGCCAUGCGGGCCUUCUCUAAGCAACGGCUGGAUGAGGCAUGUGAGGAUGAGGCCCGCGAGGAUGGGGCCUGCGAGGUGGUAACACGCUGA